AUGAGGGCAGAAAUUUUCAGCCCAGAAGGUGAGGCCCAUACAGUGCAUGGAGACGAUGAAUUCAAUGACCUUCCAGAGGAAGUGAAUGACGAAACGUUCCCGGAUCUGGUUCUGGCACCAGAAGUUUGCGAGCAUGCAGCAAUAACAUGGGAGUUGUUCUUAGAUCAUUAUCCAUCUCACAGAAUGGCUGGGGAGGCCAUCUUUACCUCAAUUUUCGAUGCAAAUCCCAGCCUGCAAGUCCUCUUUAAAUCGCCUGCCUCGGUGAUGGCCUUGAAGUUCGUGAGUGCGUUCGGAGGUGUUUUGGAGCAUGCCGGGGAUCCAGCAGCCUUGAAGCCGCUAGUCGAGACCCUGGGUUUUCAACAUAUGGACUUUGACAUUAACCGGCAGAAGAUCCAAAGCUUCCGCGAUGCGAUUGUGGAUCUUUUGGAUAUGGAUCUCGGAAACACCAUGACUUCAAAAGGAAAAUAUGGCAUAGCUGCCCUUAUCAAUUACAUCGGAGGUGCAUGCAUGUACAUACGAAAAGAGUACACUUCUCGUGUGCAGAUGAUACAUACCACCUGGGCACAAGCUACACAUGCAGGCCAGACGCAAGACGAUGAGGAGAAGCAGGAAACUAAUGCGAGACCUUCUGUAGCAGAGGAAGCCGACGAAGGGAAUGCUGAGAACGCCCAAGUCACCCAAGGUGCAGGCGAAGCGACUGGCGAUGCGCCACCAAGUGUUCCCACAGGUUUCUUUGAGAUGUUUAUGUUCAAUUGUGCUGUGAUGGGCUACAACACCAGCCAGCAUUGGAUGGACUUAAUACUGGAGCAGCUUGACAAUAUUGUAAUGAACAUUGCCAACAUCAGUCGAGUCCAGGAAGAGUGCAGCACUUUGGCGCUUAGCUUGGACAAGUUCGCGACAGAAGUGGUGUUUGGCGACUUCCGGUCGGUAGCGAUGUCUUCGCUGAAGGCGUGUGUACCUGACUGGAAUGAGGAGCACGAAGUGGCGUGGAUGUGGCUCUGGGGCCACGUGGACAGAAUGCUUUCAGAGAUCCGUGGCAAGCCUGAAGCGCAGAUGAAGCGCCUUACAAAGUUCCUGGACAAUCUGUCGGAAGAAGAUGCCCAGCGAAUUCGGAAAGGUGUCCACGCACAGUUCUUUGAGCUGGCCCCUGCAGGGCAGGAUUACUUCAAACAGUCCAACACCCGGCUCUACUUUAUCUCUCAGAGGGUCAUUGACCUGAGCCUCAGAUUGUAUCAGGAUCCUUCGGAAACCAUCCGACAGAUCUCAGAGCUGGGCCUGAAACACGUGGGCUUGGCCAUCCCUACGGAGUUCUUUCCACCGUUUGUCACAGCAGCAACACACGCCCUGGCACAGGUCACGGACGUGGAGGCUGUCAUCGAGGCCUUCCGCUGGUCCAUCGCACUCAUGGGACGGAUCUUGGCCCGAACCGUCGUGGAAGGCUCUACGCUGGUCAUGAGGGCCAUCACCAGUGACGAUGAGGUUCAGCUGAAGAAGGCAAUGGCUGUGGCUCCGCGUGGCAAGCGGGCUUCUCAGCUCUUGAACCUAAGCGUCGGAACUCUGAGCAUUUCCCCGUUGUAUUGGGCCAUUGAGACUGGGAGCUUGCAAGUGGCCCGUGCCAUGAUUGAGGAUCUUCUGACCAUCCGUGCAGAUCGGACAGUGUACUUCUAUGGGUGCGAUGCAUUAUUCAAGCGUCAUCCUGAUUUUCUGCAUUACCUCAUUGUUCAUGCCCGUGCACUGGUCCCCACAUUGCUGGAUGGCUUGAUCUGGCGUUCCCGUACAACUGUGGAAGGCGAGAGGCGCGUGAAUUACUACGUGAAGCAUUUGAUACAAGAUGCGGACGGGAACUUUAACCAGGCAUUGGAAUGGGUGGCUGAAAGCCAAGAUACGCAUCUGGCCUGUCAUCCUGUGUUCUUGCUCGUGUCUGACACCGUUUGGAAUGGGCUGGCCAGCCGGUUCUUCAUCUUAGACAGGCUUGCCUACAUGUUCUUUUUGGUUGUCUUCAUGCUCAGCCAGUCAUUCUUGCAGCACCUCAAUGGCGGCAAUCCGGACCUGCCCAGCCGAAUAGCUACGUUUUCUUGCCGCGUGGUGGUUUAUCUUGGCAGCAUUGGGCAGAUGCUCAUCCAGCAGGCCAGGACUUUGUGGACACAGAUCAAGAGCUUGCGACAAGGGAAGGAAGGCAGCAUCACAUGGUUCUGCAUGGAUAUGAUUCCUGUGCCCUCGUAUUUGACGGAUGUGCAAAAUCUGUUUAAGUUCCUGCUGCUCCUUUUUCUUGUGCUGACUUGUGCUUUUGAUCCGAUGAUCUGGUGCCUAGCCGAUGGGAGCACUGAGCUGUUCACGCAAAGCUGCGAAGCCGGAGAGGUUGUCAGGGACGCCUACUCGGCGUUGUCUAUGUUGACGCUGCUUCUUUACUGGCUCAUCCUUGGUGGCUUAUCCAUCCUGUCCAUGCGGCUUGCAGCUUUUACGCUUGCUUGCACGCAGGUAUUGGAGGAACUAGGGCUCUUCCUAGUUGCGCUUUUGUUCCUCAUUCUUACGUUUGCUAGUUCCCUCAGCGCGCUGGACCACGGCAGCCCCUAUUUUGCAAGCUUGCCCAAAGCUAGCCUCUCUCUCUGGCAGAUUUCCGUUGGAAUGUUCAAUUUGGGCAGAAUGGAAGGCCUGGACAAUGAUCCCAUGCUGCUUCUUAUGUUGGCAGUCUUCGUGACAUUGUCCAUUGUCUUUUUGUUGAGCCUGCUCGUGGCGCAGUUCCUGGGUGUGUUCCUAAGCAGGUAUGAGGACAUGAUAGGCUACGCAAGGUUAAGGCGAUGCAGCGUAGUCGUGAAGACUGUCCGGAGCUUGUCUACAAGGCGGUGGACUGAAUUCCUCGAAUCUUUGCAAUUGGAGGAGCCGCUGGAGUUCAGUGAGGGUGACAUUGGCUUUGCUGGAGGAAUCCAGGUCACAGAGCCAGCUUUUGACCACCCAACCACAACAGAGACUAUUGUGCGGUUUGGAGGCUCAGCAUCUGCUUCUAUGCCCUGGCCAGUGGAUCCUCAUGAAUUCCAGGAGGAUCCCUAUGAGCUCUUGGAAAGGCAGAUCCUACAUCUCGCCAAGAAGUCCACAGUUCUGCAUGACACGCAGAAGUCUAAACUAAGUGGCGGCUCGCAGCCAUCACAGGCCAGCUCCAGCAUCGCAAUUUCUAGCGCUGACCAGCAGAGUGACGAGGGGAGUGGCUCCACUGAUUAG